AUGUCCACAACGCCACAGGAGACCAAGCCCCAGGCGCAGGCCCAAGCGAAGAAGUCCAAGGGUAAGACACAGACCGAGAAGAAGACGCCCAAGGCGACGCCGGCAGCAAAAGAAGCAUCCAAGGCCAAGGAAGCGUCCAAGCCCAAGGAAACGUCCAAGCCCAAGGAAGCGUCCAAGCCCAAGGAGGCGGCCAAGUCCAAGUUUAACAAGCCCAAACAGCCUGCUCAGGAACAUACCAAGGGUAGCAAGCCGGCAGGCCACUUUAACGCGGGCAACCAGAGCAAGGGGCCGCACGCCGGCAAGAACAACCAGCAAAGCAAGCCGUUCCAGAAGCGCAAGGCGACGGAUGGCGCACAGGGCGGUCCGCCAACGAAGAAGCCGAUGCAGAAGAAGCAAAAGGACAACCCGGAGACGGUCAAGCUCAACAAGGAGCUCGCGCAGUUUGCGAGCCGAAAGCAGUUUGCCGAGGCGAACGACGUGUACGACCGCGCGCGCGCCGCCAAGCUCGCCAACUCGUACACGUACGUCAACAUGAUGAACGUGUGCGUGCGCUGCGGAGAAAUGGACGCGGCGGUCGGUGUCUUUAACGCGAUGAAGACGGCUAAGAUCGAGCCCGAUGUCGUGGCCUACACGACGCUGCUCAAGGGUCUCUGCGGCGAAGGCAAGCUCUCGACGGCGCUCACGUAUGUCAAGGAGAUGGAGACGAAGCGCGUGCUUUUGAACGUCCGCACAAUCAACACGCUACUCCGCGGCUGCAUUCUUGUUGGCGCGGUCUCGGACGCUGAGAAGAUCUUUGACGACAUGCCCAAGUGGAAGGUUAUCCCGGAUGUGUCGACGUGGGAGUACAUGAUCGCCCUCUGCUGCCGCAACCUCCAGCUCAAGAAGGCACUGUCGCUCUUUGGGAAAGGUCUUAUGGCGCUUGGUCAAGAAAUGUCGACCAACCCGAACGUCCUCCUCAGUAUUGCGCGCGCGGCCACGAUCCUCGGCGACUGGACGAACGCGCAAAAGUACUUGGCGAUGACGAAAGCCUGCCUCGACGCGCUUGACGCCGCCAAGGACGAUCCGUCAUCGGCGUCGGCGGCGGCCACGACUGCCGAGGGCGGCAAGCGUGGGUGGGGUGCGCAGUCGGAGACGCGCCAAGAGUCGCUCGUCGUGUUUCUCAAGCACCGCCGCGAAGAACUCCGGCGCGAGCUCGGUGUGAUCCAAGCGUACUUUGACAGCGCCGACCAAGCUGGGUGCUGGGCCACGCUCGUGGACUUUUUCAAGCGCGUGUUCUUGAUUCCGAUUGCGACGACGACCGAGGACCUCCCGGCCGCCCUCGGCACGGGUGUGCUCGACACGAUGGGUCUCCGAGCUAUUCUCAAGAAGCACGACGCCGAUCAGACAGAGGCCGUUGUCCCCGCAUUCAAGUCGCUCGUUCGCGAUAAUGCCGUCAUCCGCAUGGACAAGGUCUUUGGGAAGAAGAGCACCAAGGCCAUCAAGAUGGAGAUUUGCUCCGGCGCGGGCGAGUGGGUCGUGUCCCAGGCCAAGAAAGAUCCGAACGCCAACUGGGUCGCGCUCGAGAUCCGCCAUGACCGCGUGUACCAGAUCUUCACGCAAGCGGUUUUUGAGCGCGUGGACAACUUGUGCAUUGUCGCGGGUGACGCGUCGGUGGCCGUCCCGCAGCAUCUGACGCCGGGUCUUGUGGAUUUCAUGUUUAUCAACUUUCCCGAGCCGCCGCAGCAAACCGGUGGCGACUCGUCGCAGGCCAAGCACCUCUUGACCCAAGGCUUCUUGACCGACUGCGCGCGCUUGCUCAAGCCCAACGGUCGGCUUACGAUCGUGACCGACAACAAGUGGUAUGCGCAAAUGCUGCUCAAGAUUAUCGCGCGCGUGCACGGUGUCAAGGGCGUCGUCCUCAAGAAGGCCAACGUUCUCGAGACGACCAAUGGGUCGUUCCAUCUGUACAUGGGCGACCCCCCGAAAGAGUGCGGCGUCGCCGACACCAAAUCGUCGUCGUACUUUGACCGGCUCGCCAAGCAGGACAGCCGCCGUGCCAGCCAAGGCACGCACUACAUUUCCGUCUACAAGACGGCCUAA